CGCAAGACACGUUCUUCGGCGCAGGACGCUGCUGAGCCCGAGCAACCACUUGACAGGUCCGUCGCGACACUAGACCUGCCGGAUGACGACGGUGCAGACACCAAAUCGUUCGCAUCAAGGUCUCGGACGACGGACGAUGACGGCCAAUCCGUAGCCUCGACAUCAAGACUUACAGACGAGGAUCCCGCUCUCUUCGAUGAGGAGGAGACCCCUGCACCAUCCAAGCAGAAGCAGAAUUAUUACGGGGGAGGCGGCUACGAUGCCCUGAAGUCCUUCAAUGGCCAGAUGUAUUCUGGCAUGGCGAUCGGCGGGUCACAUACCUGGAAUUAUGACCAGGGCGUGUGGAAGGAGACGAAGGAGGAGCCGGACUUGUGGAAGAUCGACUAUAAGACAAGGAAGAGGCGCGCCAGGAACGCGCCGAAGGGUAGUGGGGCACCUGUUGGGACAGAGUAUCAUUGGUUGAUUGUCGCGCACCAGUAUGUCAAGAAGAUUGACACGAAUACGUACGAGACGCACCUGACGGGAUCGAAGUACAAGCUCGCGCACAAGAACGUGAAUUCGAAUUCGUGGUCGGUACCCACUGUCAAGAGACAGCGGGAGCGCGAGAUACUGUUGCUUGAGGAUGCGAAGAGGAGGGUCGAAGGCUUGCCGCCCGUCUUGGCUAAUGAGAAGGCAAAGGUGAAGAAGGGCAAGGAGGAGAAGGGGCAGGCGACUCUAGAUAGCCUCUUCGCCGGUGCAGGGAAGAAGCGUAAGAGGGAAGACGCCGCG